GUCCGUUCAUCGUCAUCGUGCGUUAGUCACGUAAAGCGCGCGGCGGCGCGUGGGUGCUCGCGCAAAGAAGCUUUACGCGAGGAGAGCGAGCGAGCUGAGCGAAGCAUGGGUGGGGUCCAGAGAACGAAUCGCUGUCUCGCCUCUCUCCUCGCGUCUCCUCGCAAGUCCGAUACGAGCAGCAGCAGUCGUCGUCGUCGUCCUCCUCGUCCAGACCGUCGUGCCUUUUACGCGUGGCGGCGCGUUUCACACGACGUUCGACAAGCGAUGGUCGUCCCGUCUCCUGCCGAGCGUCGACUAUAUACCUCAUCCGUGGCGGACCUGUGCGAGAAGGAUGGCUGUUUCGAGGUCACUCGGGCCUCCUUCUCGCCGGCGUUGAGAGAGCUGGCGAAUCAGUGAAACUGGAGCAGCGAGAGACGUCGCGCCGAGGCGGACCUGGACGAGAUUGUGCGCGCGACAAAAUCGAGCUGUCAAGACCGUCCGCGAGGGAGGGAGAGACAGAAAGAGAGAGAGAGAGAGAGAGAGAGAGAGAGAAGUUGGUGUGCGGUUGCAUCGCUGUCGUGUUUAUCGGCGAGCUGGGGCGACGUCGACUCUGACCUCACUUAUCGUGCUGCAUUCGCAGCUGCAACGUCGUCGAGGCUUCAAUGAUAGAGAUUCGCGGUGACUCAUCAUUCGCGACUUGGACCCUGGGUAGAGGAAGGAGAGUCUCGACGUGGAUUUCGACAUCGUGGAGGUUAGUGCACAGCAAGGUAUUUUAACGUCAAGGAGACUUGCUAAUAUUUGUAAUGGAGAAAAAGGGGCUGCGCAAGAAGGACAUAUUGAGAAUGGAUGGUCUUCUGCCUCCUACUCGACGUCUGCCAGUUUGUGAUGCAGUAUCUAGUGCAUCGGACAAGAAAAAGGAAAAGAAAUGGUCCAUAGGUGGUAUCCUGCGUAGAAUAUCCUCAAUAAAAGAUUACGACAGUUCCUCUAAUGACGAAGAGAUUGUGUAUUGCAACAGAAAGCCUAGAAAACCCACCAAGCUCAAGAGGCAACCCGAUGAUGUUGUUCUUCAUACGUUAGAAAAUCAUUUAAAGCAGAAGAUGACAGUUGACAGCAACGUCCGUCAUUCGGCAGAGUCUCAUCGAGAUUCGCUGCAUUCGCGUAGCAGUGACGGUUCGUUAGACGGUCUAGGCAAGAAGACUCGGAGGAACAAAUUGAAAGCUCGUGCCGAAGCGAAGAGGGAUCAUCUGUGCGUCGAGAGCAGUUCCGACGAGGACAGUCGAAGGUCGAACAAUUCGUUGAACAAAAUUCAUGGCGUGGACGGCGCGCAAAACGGCCAGAGAAACAGUAUAUGCAGUAGGAGAACGCGCGCUGCUCGAACGGAGCGUUACAUCAAGCGCUUAUCUCGCGACGAGGGCAACAACGGCACUUCUGAUACUUCGAACGACCUGUAUAGCAAAAGGUGUUCCUCGGAAUAUGCCGAAGACAAGCAGCGUGCGGCUUACGUCGACGCGAACGGAUUGUGUCGGCCGCCCAUACAUCCUCGCCGAUUCGCCGGGAUGUAUCCAAAUUCGAAUCGAACGCUUCAGUCGGUUCAGAGAUCCUCCGCGGAGAGUCUGCGAGACGCGAAUCAUGCGGGUCUACCGAGUCCGGAGGAAAUUUUCGUCGGCGAUUAUAGGAGAUAUUCCACCGGACAAUACGUCACGGACUUGAAUCAGAAUAACGCUUAUGGGAAGAUUUCGCGGCAUACCAGCGGGGAAGCUGGAAACUUCUUCACGUAUCCCGCGAAGAACGCGUGCCAUUAUUCGGAACCGUUCGAUCCUUACGUCAUCGAUCCUCGAUCGAUCGAUCCGGAUAGUCAUCAGCCACCCGUGCCACCGCCGAGAGAUCCCCGAUAUCGCAUAUUUGGUUACGGAUACAGUUCCUAUCCGACGAACAGACAUCAUAAUGUGCCAAAUUCCUUUAAGCAAGAGGACAAGACUAAUGUAAUCGCGAGGGAGAUAUCGAGGCCUGAUUGGAGGAACUUUGGAUCGAACAACGAGCUCGUGCAGCGCGAUAAAGUGGAGCGUGAGAUGGAAAAUCCCAGAAAUUCUCAAACAGAACUUCGCAAUUCGCUCGAAUGUAUAAACAAUAAAUAUAAUUGCGGUCGUCAUCGCGCGGACGAGUCGAUUUACGAGGAAAGCGAAGCGAUGAGAUGUCGACGGAGAAACACUCGGAACGAUCAGCUCAAUUGCAACGACGCGAAUUACGGCGCGUUGUACAAGGCCAAGAAUAAAUCAGCGAACAUCUGCGAAUCGAAUAAACACGAAACGAUUUCAUCGCACGUGUCUGCCGCGUCAUCCGGAAGAUCUCUUUACGAGCAGCGUAUUUCACGUUCCAUUACACCGCCUAACGUCGAUAAUCGCGCUGAAAAGAGCCAGAGAACAGAAGACAACAGAGGGACGACGCCGAACGAGGAGGAGCUGGAGAACAAGCGAAGGAGCUCGAGAAACCUCGAGGAAGCUCUGUCCGAGCUGGAAGCGAUAUACAACAGCCUUCGUCUCGGCGACGAGGAUCUGCUGGAUCGCGCGGAACGUCGCAGCAUGGAGGAGUUCAGUCUCAAGCAAGGUAAAAGCGACGCGGUGAUCGCGAUCGCUCCGGAUUCACCGGACAGGACGAAGGACGAUAUGGCCUAUCGAAGGAUGCAUCCCAAGGAGAGACCCACGUCGCUGUCGGACAUCGCCGGACAAUCGACAUUAUCCAACAUCAGCUACCUCGUCGCCUCGCCGGUUCUCUCGCGACGAGAUUCUGCGGACGAUCUCGUGCGUUUACCGUCGAUCUAUCCGUCCCGUCGAGACGAGCCGGACGUCACGCGGGACGACGUGGUCUUUCGCAGUAUAAAUCACGCCAACAACACUCUCCGAGUAAUCGAUCCGCAACCGCCGUUCGGUAUACCACUCGGACCGGUUACCGCAGCCACCGAGAGCGAUUACCUGCACACGACGCCGACGAAACCGGAACAGCCGCGUUCGCCGUACAUACCGCAAUGCGAGCCCGACGUGGUCACGGAUGACUUGGCUUACAGGGCCUUGAGAAAGGACGUCGCGCCAGCGACGUCGCGGAACAUCGUUGCGGAGAACAGCCUGGACGUCGCGAAGGAGCAGCAGCGACCUGGCAUCCGGAAGAAACGCGCCGUCAGAUCUCUGUCGGCCAAUCUUUACGGUCUGAUCAACCACGAUCGCAUUCAUUUGCGACGCGAGCCCAGCCUCGACGCCAUCAAGGACGAGCCAUCAAGGAUGCAGCAGAACGUUGCGGCGAACAACUUGGCCGCGACGUACGAGCGACCGGAAUAUCUCAGACGGGUCGUGAGUGACGGCGAGUUAUCGGAUAACGACGCGGUGCGAAGGCGAGAGGAACCGAUUACCACAGACGAGACCGAUAUCAACGGCAAUCAUCCGGCGGUGGGCGCGUAUCGGAAGAAGCUUUGCGACUACGUGUCGCAGGCGAGUCCGAAGAAGGAGAAGGGGCCAAAUAUCGCGGACGCCAUGCUGUCUUCGAAGACCAUUUUGGACGAUAAGUUUUGGCACGAUUACUUACGCUCGGAUUCCAACGCCCCGAUGCCCGAGAACAGUCCCGGCAGCACGGAAACAGUCUUCACCGCGUACAGUCGCCUCUGCCAAGAUCUAGUUAAUUUGAUAAAAGACGAGGACGGUGAUGUGACGUUGCCGAACGAUUCUACCGUCUCGCCGGCGUUCGAUAAGUCGAAGGUCGACGACUUCGGGAUCGACGAACCCUCCACGAGCAUCCCUACACGUACUGUAAGUAGCCAUUACUCGGGGCGUGCCAACGACGAGCAGAGUCCGACCGCGUUCUCGAGUUCUCUUACAAAUUCCUCGAGGCCAACAUCGGAAUCUACGCCAGCGACCAGCAACCUUGAUUUCUAUCUUUGCGCGGUGGACGAGAAUGUCGGGCUAAUUGCGGCGGAGGCUCUCGACAGUUCGACCGACCGCCUACGCGACAGUCGUCUGUCUCCUCGCGAGAAUUCGUGGACGUCACGUGGCUCCGAGGUCGAGUAUCAGAGCGGCAGCACGCGCAGCUCGGCUCUGUACAGCCAAGACGAGCCGAGCGACGAUCGGCUCGUCCUGUCUACCUCGAAGACCACUACUCGCGCACCUUCAAAACCCAAUUCAUCGACGAGCGACGACGGAGGAGAGGACCAAAGCAGCUGCCCUUUCGACAGCGUUUCCACUGCCGACGCGGAAUUCUCCAAGGCCGUCCGCGACCUGGAACUGGCCGCGGCCAGCUUGUGCGAGCAUGGACGGGAGAUCGAGGACCUGGGGAAGGCGAGGAGACGCGGGAAGAAGAUCAGAGCGCGGGAUGACGAGGACGGUUCGAUUCGUAAAAUUAGCCCCAGCCCUGAUGUCCUGAGGCAGGAGAGGGAACGCGAUCAGGAGGAGAUCACCGUGGUCCCGGCCAGCGGGAUCGAGACGACGCGUAGCGAAGCGCGAGCAGGUGACGACGAAGGUGAGCGCACAUCGUGCGAGCUUGAUGAUGAUAAUGAUGAUGAUGAUGUUCGCGCGGGAACAUCUCGACGCACGAACCCCGAAGACGCGAGUGUCACUAACAUCACAACUGUCACGGUAACGACGUACUCCAUGCUCCUGCUCGCUUGUCUCCUUGCAUUGCUUUUAGCGAUCGUAGCAGCAUCGUGAAGGCGCUACACGGGGUAUACAUAUAUCGUGUACGCCGGGUAUAAAGUCAUGCUAUAUAUAAAUCAUUGUGUGUGUGUGUGUGUUAAGAUCUGUGUGAUGCGUUGGACGCGAGCGCGUCGAUUGACGAUAUUGUCUAUUAAUCUUGUGUUUAUCAAGCAAAUGUCCUUACUAAUGUCGCAGGUCGCCAAGGCGCUCGCACGCUCGCAAUGAUCCCCGAUCGCAUUUCAAAUGUCACGUGCUCGCUCGA